UAUAUUUACUUCAAACUUAUUUGUCUUACACAGGUUUUUACUUUCUUUCAUUUAUCCCACGGAGUCGCAGUAGCAAGAGAUCGUAAAGUACGACAGACAAACUUGCCUCCCAGCAUGCAUUGCUCGAAAACAAUAUGGCGGCGCCCAGUGACCGGCAAACCCAGGACGCGCUGAAAGGUUUUCCUUUCCUCAUCCCCGGCAUUAAGCCGGAGGAGAGUGAGAAGGCGACGGCGAAAGACAAGAAGCCAUGCCGGGCCUGCAUGGACUUCAAAAGCUGGAUGAAGAUACAACGGAAACAGAACUCGUCCUCACAGGAAGUUGAAUUUGAAGAUAAGGAGCGACCAGCAGAAUGUCCCUUGGAUCGUGAAGAGCUUGGGAGAAGCACCUGGUCUUUUUUGCACACAAUGGCAGCUUAUUACCCGGAUAAUCCUAAUACCAAACAGCAGCAAGAGAUGUCAAACUUCAUCAACCUGUUUUCAACGUUUUACCCAUGUGAUGAGUGUGCAGAAGACCUAAGAGAGAGACUCAAAUCCUCGCAUCCAGAUACCAGCAGCAGGCACAACUUUUCCCAGUGGAUGUGUCUAAUACACAAUGAUGUGAACAGAAAAUUAGGCAAGCCGGAAUUCGACUGCUCCAAAGUGGAUGAGAGGUGGCGUGAUGGGUGGAAGGAUGGAUCCUGUGACUGAUUUAACACUGUGUAUUAAUAAGCCAGACGUUUUAACUAUUAAAAGGCAAACCCUUUGCUUAUAUCAGACAGGAAGAGCUUAUAAAGUGUGAUGCUGCAGCUUAAAUGUUAAAGGGACACCUGGUAAUUAAUAGAUUUUUCUGUUGUCUUGCAAUAGAUUAAAGUGACAUUUUUUUUUCUUUCAUGAUUCAGACAGAGCAUGAAAUUACUUUCCUAUCUACUUCUAUUUUAUUUUCUUGUUAUCAUUUGUUGAAAGAGUAGCAAUGCACUACUGGGAGCUAGCUGAACACAUUGGGUGAGCCAAUGACAAGAGGCAUAUCUGUGCAGCCACCAGUCAGCAGCUAGCUCCAAGUAGUACGCUGCUGCUGAGCCUACCUUUUUAGCUUGGUGAUCACAUUGGUAGAACCUAUAAGAGGCAUAUAUGUGCAGCAACCAAUCAGCCUCUAGUUCCCACUGCAGCCCUAAGCCUACCUAGGUAUGCUUUUCAACAAAGGAGACUAAGAGAAUGAAACAAAUUAGAUCAUAGAACUAAAUUGGAAAGUUGCUCUAUCAGAAUUACAAAAGUUAUUUCAUAUCAUCUUUUACCCCCUUUUCCUGUAAAUUUUAGUCUGAAAAUUGUUGUUUUUUUUAUCCAGUCCCAGGAAACUGAAAGAGCACACAGCAGGCGUCACAAGCCUAGACUUAUCGCACACCUCUGUCUGGAGAUUUCGUUAACAUAAUGACAAGCCUUGUCAUCUCGAGGUUUAAGGGGACAGUGUACCCUAAAAUUGGCUCCCCUUAAAUUUGUUCCCAAUUAUCCAUUUUACCUGCUGGAGAGUGUUAAAUUGUUUACAAAUAGCUUUAUUACCUUUUUAUAUUGGUAUUUUAAAUAACUUAUUUUGUCUGUCAUAUCCCUACCUACACUGAAAGUUUCUAUACUUGAGUAAAGGCUAUAUAAAAGCUCUGUAGGCAGCAGAAGUAAUUACUCUCCCAGUUUGGGGGGGGGGAGGCUAGGAGGGAUAAGUAAUACAAUGUUCAUUUUUGAUUGUUCUCUCUAAGUAUUGUGCUUUGGUAUACAGACAAAGGUCAUAUAAAUAAGCAUGUGUGUGUACAUAAAGUGAUAAAAUAAGGAAAUCCUGAUUUCCCUGCAAGAGCUACUGGUUUUAAUGGGUUGUGGUUUCAAAGAACAAAAACGGCUAUUUUUAUAUACAAAAAUAAACCUCUCGUACAUUUUAUACUCUGCAGCUGGUAUAACGAGUUAUUGGAAACACAUUAAGGGAAAACUGUUCUACAUUUCACUGUCUGUCCUUUUAAGUCCAGAUUUGGCUCCUUCAAUUAAGGAGAUUGACCAUUGGAAAGCGAUUGCAGCAAAUAAGUUGUUACUCUGUUCUAAAAUGUUCAGCCUGAAGUUAAUCUAUUGGAAGACAGUGUUUACUGUCAGUUUAAAGGGACAUGAAUCCCAUUUUUUUUUUCAUGAUUUAGAAAGAGAAUGCAAUUUUUAAACAACUUUCCAAUUUACUUUAUUAUUUAAAAUUUGCUUAUUUCUUCAGAUAUCCUUUUUUUGAAGAAAUAGCAAUUCACAUGGCUGGGCCAAUCACACGAGGCAAUAAUGUGCAACCACCAAUCAGCAGCCCCUCAGUCUAUUUUAGAUUUGCUUUUUAACGAAGGAUAUCUAGAGAAUUAAGCAAAUUAGAUAACAGUAAAUUGGAAAGUUGUUUAAGAUUGCAUGUUCUUCCUAAGUCAUGAAAGGAAAACAAAUGGGUUUCAUGUUCCUUUAAUAAAGGUCUUUAACUUUGUGACAACCUGAUUGAAAUAAUGAUAAGUGAAUCCUAUAUGACUGACUGUAACAUCAGGCAGAAAAAGGAUAAUAUGUUUAUAUAAUAAGAUAUUAUUAAUGUAUACAUUUGUUUGUAAAUUAUAUAUUUAUAAUGUGGUUAAAUCAAAUUAGAUCUAAAUUCACUAAUAAUGAGAGAAGAGAACAUUCCAAUCCCUGUAAUAUUCUUUUGAUCAUAUUCAUUAUGUUGGAGAGAUUUUUUGCUUUAGCAAUUUUGCUUAUUAAAAUGACAUAGGAACUGGAGAACCUUCUUAGUAUAUUCAGGUCAGUCAUCAAUAUUUUUUAAAUUGGGUUUAUACCAAAUUGGUGCUGAUUUAGCUUUAUAUUUUUACAAAUAAAUAAAAGUUGUUUAAACUCUUCAAAAAUCUUUUCCUAAUACAUCUACUCCACAACUCCAGUAACUUGUGUUUUGUAGCUGUUCUGAUAUGAAAAUAACUGAAUUUAUUAUUAAAGGCACAUUAAACACGCA